UCUCGCGCGGCCCUUGUUUACGUUGGCGGCGGCGCGAGCAGAUUCCGUUGGUUCUCGACAGCAGCGGCGGCGGCCGGAGAGAGAGAGAGGGAGAGAGAGAGCGCGCGCGCGCGAGGCAGGAGGAGGAGAGCAGAGCUGGUGACACAGAGGCUAUUAAAAUCAGAGUCCUGAGGAGAGAGCAUCAUGGCAUCUGGAACAAUGCAAGUUGCAACCUCUGCAACCUCCGAGGUGUCUGGUGGGGUGAUGGGCCUUGAUGAGCCAAAAAAGAUGACCAGGGAGGAUUGGAGAAAGAAGAAAGAGUUAGAAGAGCAGAGAAAGCUUGGUAACGCUCCAGCAGAAGUUGAUGAAGAGGGAAAAGAUAUCAAUCCCCACAUUCCUCAAUAUAUUUCAUCGGUUCCAUGGUAUAUAGAUCCCUCCAAAAGACCAACACUCAAACAUCAACGGCCACAGUUUGAGCAGCAGCAACAGUUCAGUUCUAUUGGAGACUGGUUCAAGAAGGGAGUAAAGCAGGGUGCUGUUUUAACCAAAUACCGGCGAGGUGCAUGUGAAAACUGUGGAGCUUUAACACACAUCAGGAAGGACUGUGUGGAAAGACCCAGAAAAGUGGGAGCAAAGUUUACUGGCAGCAACAUUGCUCCAGAUGAGCACAUACAAUCAACGUUUCUUUUUGACUACGAUGGAAAGCGAGAUCGUUGGAAUGGAUACGAUGCAGAGGAGCAUAUGAGGAUUGUGGAGGAAUAUGCAAAAGUUGACUUGGCAAAACGUACACUGAAAGCUCAGAAACUGCAGGAAGAACUGGCCUCUGGAAAGCUGAUGGACCAUGUGGUGAACUCCUCAAGACGUCAAUGGGGAGAAGAAGACCAUAAUUCUCCAACAGAUAAAGACAAUAACAGUGAAGAUGAAGAUGAGGAUAAGUACGCUGAUGAUGUCGAUAUGCCGGGACAGAACUUUGACUCCAAAAGAAGAAUUACUGUCAGAAACCUCCGUAUCCGUGAGGACAUUGCUAAAUACCUCAGAAACCUGGAUCCAAACUCUGCAUAUUAUGAUCCAAAGACCAGAGCCAUGAGGGAGAACCCAUAUUCCAACACUGGCAGGCACCCAGACGAGGUUGGCUACGCAGGAGAUAACUUUGUACGUUAUUCGGGUGACACUGUCAGAAUGGCACAGACACAAUUAUUUGCGUGGGAGGCCUAUGAGAAAGGUUCCGAAGUGCACCUCCAAGCUGAUCCUACCAAGCUCGAAGUCCUUCACCAAUCCUUUAAGGUUAAGAAAGAAGAAUUUGAGAAACAGCAGAAAGGAAGCAUAUUGGAGAAGUAUGGAGGUCAGGAACACUUGGAUGCACCACCUCGUGAGCUCCUCUUAGCCCAGACUGAAGAUUAUGUGGAGUAUUCAAGGCAUGGUGCUGUGAUAAAGGGCCAGGAGAGAGCUGUUGUACAGUCCAAGUAUGAAGAGGAUGCCCUGAUAAAUAAUCACACAAGUGUUUGGGGCUCCUACUGGAAAGAAGGAAGAUGGGGCUACAAGUGUUGCUACUCGUGUGUGAAAAUGUCGUACUGUACUGGAGAAGCAGGAAAGAAUACAGUUGAGGGUCCUCAGUGUCCCCUUGAAAUUCCGGAAAUAGAUGAACAAGAAUUGCAGAGCGUGCCCAAAACACUUGUGGAGAUGCACAAAGAAAAGCAAAAGGAAGAAAGGAAGAAAAAAAAGAAGAAACAUAGGAAGAGUCACAGCUCAGAUAGUGAAGCUGAUGACGCAAAGAAGAAAGAAAAACUGAAAAAGGCACUGAUUGCUGAAGAGGCUCGUCUGAAACAAGUUGAACAAACUUUACAGUUGGACGAGCGGAAGAGGGCUUACAACACCAUAUAUGAAACUAAGGAACCAACAGAGGAAGAAAUGGAGGCGUUCAGAAUGAAGCGCCAGCGACCCGAAGAUCCUAUGGCCUCUUUCCUUGGGCAGUAAUGAACAGCCUUUUUUUCCCAAACCUAAAAAGAAUAUAUUGCGUGAAAACGUGAUUUCUAAACUUCUGGAGAAUCCUGUAUUUGUCUAUUCCUGAAAAUAGCUCGAUCUCUCAGUUCUUGACUUCUUUUACACCCACAAAAUAUAGUCAAUUCACUUUACUGUGUAUAUUUUGUGAAGCGCUUUUGAGACGUCUCAAAGACAUGAUAAGGCGCUAUAUCAAAUGGAAUUAUUAUCAUUGUCUUCUAAACUUGGAAAUUGUUUUGCAUCCAAUGAAUUUAGAUUACUUUUGAAAGGCUUUAUGAAUGUCAUGUUGGAUGAUGCCUCAACUCUCAACUAGAUUUUUUUCAUCAUGUCUAUAUGAACAAGAGUUCUGUGAUCUGUAAAGUAUUUUAAGUUUCUAACUUCCUGCUUUAUUUUGUCAAAAGUAAAUAAAAUUUAAAAUGUUUAUA